CAACUUGCAUAGAGUAACAUCGUUCGAUGAUGUUGAAGGGAACGACGUUGGUGUUCCUUCCUUUGGUCUGUGACAUCGCAUUGGCAGCGCAAUGCGGGAAAGUAUGGCUGACAGUCUCCUCGUUGUGGAGACCAAUCGCGGCCAGUGACAAAGUGGUCGACGCCGAGCUCGAAGUAAAUUGGGAUCUCGAUUGUCCGUCGAGUACAGGAUACCCAGAUACCAUCAAGGUGUUCACUGCUGACCCAGCACAUAACAAAACGAUCAAGCCUAAGUUGACUUUGACUUCGCUGCAAUACCCCCGGGGCUAUUAUCGGACAAACAUCACGGUCGGUCGACCACCCCUUCCGGGCGGAUGGGACACCAAGGAUGGCGCGACACUUCCCGGGCCCCAUUGCUUGAAACACCAUGCUGCCCUUUAUAAAGACGGGGCGUUCAUCGUCAGCUCCUGCUUGCAAAUAUGGCCAACGUGGAUGUACGAUUUGAGGAGGCAACUGGGAAGGCUUCCUAUAGGAAGCUUAAUGAUUCCCGGCACCCACAAUUCAGGAUGCUACAAGCAUGGUGACCUGACAAGACGAGACGCCUUUCAACGAUACCUGUUAACUCAGGAUCGCGACGUGUGGACACAGUUGGUGCACGGUAUAAGGUACCUGGACAUCAGGGUCGGUUACUACCCAUCGAUCCCGAAUGGCACCGCCAUCGAGGUGGGUAACCACAUAAGCAGAUUUUGGAUCAAUCACGAUGUGAUUCGGAUCACUCCCCUGUCCUCUAUCAUCAAAGAUGUGAGAAACUUCCUGAACGUUGCGAGGGGAGAGGUUGUCAUUAUGGAUUUUCAUAGAUUUCCGGUGGGAUUCGGGGACAGGUCAAACAGACACCGCCGAUUGGCCACGAUCCUCUGGCGAGAAUUCGAAGGUCUGAUCCUCAAGCCCGAUAGGGGGGUCGAAGGUCUUGGUCCGACCUUGAACGAUAUUUGGACCGGAGGGAAACGCUUGAUUAUUUGUUACGGCGAUCAGCACACCGUGAAUGAGUAUGACUGGUUAUGGCCGACAAUGUCUCAAGCAUGGGGCAAUCAGCAAACGGUGGAGGGUCUCUUCAAAUAUUUGGACGAAGUUAUCAUGGGAUCGAAGAGGUUCCGGAACAGUCAGAACCCAUUAUGGGCGGUGAUGGCGGAGCUGACGCCGUACCCACUGGACAUACUGUUCAAUCUAUCCAGUGGACUGCGGCAGAUGGCCGAUUCCGUGAACAGAAACCUCACAUUCAAGUUCCAGGAGGAAUGGUGGAAGGAAACCAACGUAGUAGCUACGGAUUUCUUCCUCGGGAAUAAUCUCAUCGAUGUCUCGAUACAAUCAAACAUUAAGAAGAGCAAUAUUGCCCAAUGGCGUUUGUAA